GGCGGCGGCUGUUGCUGUUUCUUCUGUCGCCGUGGCAGCUGAAGGUGGCGGCGAGCUUGGGGCACCGGGGAAACUUUUAGGGUCCCUACAGAGAUCUGCUCUUUCCUCCUUUCUGGAACCAAAACCUUGAUGUUUCUCCAACCUGAUUCUUUUCUCCAGCCACUUGCAAAGAGUUCGUAAUGGCCAAAGACAUCCUAGGGGAGGCGGGUCUCCACUUUGAUGAGCUGAACAAACUGAGGGUUUUGGAUCCAGAGGUGGCCCAACAAACCACAGAGCUGAAAGAGGAAUGCAGACUGUUUGUAGACAAAAUUGCAGAAUUUAAAAAAAUAGUGGGCAACCUCAUUGAACUUGUAGAUCAGCUAGCAAAAGCCACAGAAAAUGAGAAGAUUAAGGCAAUUGGGGCCCGUAACUUACUGAAGUCCAUAGCAAAGCAAAGAGAGGCCCAACAGCAACAACUCCAGGCAUUAAUCGCCGAGAAGAAGACGCAGCUGGAAAGGUACCGAGUCGAGUAUCAAACACUGUGCAAAAUAGAAGCGGACCAGAAUGAAUUCAUUGACCAGUUUAUCUUCCAGAAGUAGACCCAAGAACUGAUGGCAACCAACAGACCAAGAGAACUUGACCCAUUCCUGUUGUUCCAGAUCAGGCAGUUUGAACAGGCUGUGGAAGCGUCGACUGAAGGAUACACCUUGCAAGAUCCCCUGUCCAACCCGGAGAGUUUUCAUUGUCCCCAAGCAGCCUGUCCCGUAGUUGGGGAUGAUGGAAACCACGGUUGGCAGGUUCCCAGGGAAGAUGUUUGUGAUUGGAUACGCUUCCGAAGGAUGAAAAGGAAGGAGCAAUUCCUGUAUUUAAGUCUUUUUCUUAGCAGCUGUUUUGUAAUGAGAGUUUCAAUCACUAAACUGUAUUUCUCACUGGGUUUGUGCCCCUCCCCCACUUUUUAAGAAAAUAAAAAAGAACGUGCUUUCAAGGAACAAUUAACUAUCCUUGGAAACUCUGCA